AUGGCGGGUACAACAAGUAUAUGGAUCAGUAACGAGGCGAAGUCUGAUCCAAAGGCCAUUUUCAAUGUCAGGCUUCUGUACCUACUAUUUGCUGUUGCAUGGGGUGGUGUCUUCUAUGGAUUUGAUACUGGUAAUAUUGGAGGGAUUCUUACCCUCUCAUCAUUCAAACAUGCGUUUGGGAUGAAUGAUAUGACCGAAACCCAACUGGAUAAUCGAAAGGGAACCAUCGCUUCGAUGCUAGCGGCCGGUGGAUCUGUAGGCGCAUUGCUUGCAGCUCCAACUUCCGACUACCUUGGCAGGAAACGGUCUGUGCUUACUUGGGCUUUUAUUUUCAUUAUUGGGGCCAUAAUGCAGAUGAUUGCAGACUACAAAGUGCUUUUGGGCGGUCGAUUCAUCUCAGGGAUGGGUGUUGGUGCUUCCUCAAUGCUCACACCACAGUUCCUCUCCGAGAAUUCACCAAAGUCCGUUCGAGGUGCAAUGACUGCUACAUACAAUCUGAUGAUUGUCACUUCUCUUAUGCUAGCAUUCUUCAUCAACUAUGGCGUCUCUAAGUGGUCGUUUCCAGGCGUUGAUGAGGAUUACACGCAGUGGCGUGUCGCGAUGGGCAUUCAAAUAAUCCCUGGUGCGCUUAUGUGUAUAAUGAUUCCAUUUGUCCCCGAGACACCUCGCUGGUUGAUCAACCACGGAAAGCAUGAAAAAGGUCUCCAAAACAUUUGCAGGCUGAGGAAACUGCCCGCAGAACAUGAAUAUGUUCAAACAGAAUAUCGCGAAAUCCAGGCUCAGGUAAAUCAUGAGCAAGAAUGCUAUAGUGGGCAUAACUACUGGGUUGUGCUGAAAGAUGUUUUCACAUCACGAAACAAUUUCCAGCGAUUCUUUUUGGCAGUUAUGAUAUUCCUGUUCCACAAGUUGACUGGAACAGACUCCUUGAAUUACUACGCCCCAGAGAUAUUUGCUAUGAUUGGUGUGAAAGGUGGAUCAACUACUUUGCUUGAUACUGGUAUCUACGGUGUUAUCAAAGUAGCUACCUCUCUUUUCUACGUACUAUAUCUCAUUGAUCGAGUCGGACGCCGUGUUCCUCUCCUAAUUGGCGCUUCAAUCCAAGCCACUGCCAUGUUAUAUCUCGCACUUUACCUACGAUUCACAGGCGAAAUCGAGGACAGUGAAGGAAGUGGCACUUCAGCGGGGGGGAUUGUUGGAAUUGUUUGGAUCUAUAUAUACGCGUUUGGAUGGUCAUUUGGCCACUCUGUGGCACCUUAUGUUCUUGCAGCAGAGGUCUUCCCGACGAGAAUACGAUCAUUUUGCAUGGCAAUCUGUCUGUUUACAGAUUGGAUUGUUGAUUUUGGAAUCACGCGUGCCACGCCGAACAUGAUUGCAGAGAUGGGAUGGGGCGUAUUUCUGCUAUAUGCGCUGUUGACCUACCUUGGGGUGGUAUUCAUCUAUUUCUGCAUGCCAGAGCUGAAGGGUCGGUCAAUUGAAAGUAUGGACAAUCUUUUCGACCGGCCUCUUUGGACAAUGUGGAGACACGCUUAUCCCACAGAAGAAGAAAAGGUCCGCUCGGAUGUCCGGGACAAUUUGGCUGAGAAGAUGCAGUAUCAAGAGGAUGAUGUUAAACAGGACCAUGUACAUGUCGAGAACGUAUGA